GCGCAAUCAAAUCCCAGACCCUCUUGACACCAUCAAUCAUGAAACUCAUUUCUGCAACAGGCCUGGCUCUCUUCGUCAGCUUCGGCUUCUCUCUACCUUCAAUGAUGAAGACUACCUGCCAAUUGGGCAGCAUUGGGCCUGCCAAUGCGGGAAAUGCAGCCUGUAGCGCUUCUUGUUUUGUUCAGCACGGCAACAUCCACGGUGGACACUGCAAUGAAAACGCUGUGUGCGUUUGCAACUAGGUCUUUUGGACGGGUUCAGAAAGUUAGAAAUACUCAACCAUCGUCUACGUUGGCCCCAGAGCAGUGGCGGCAAAGUCAAUGCUCUUUAUCAUUGUAUUUGCAACGGGAACGAAUACGAAUAUUCAAAUCAAGGACUGCCUGCUCUC